AGCUAAAGAGAAAAAGGGGUCAUCAUAUUUUGCAAUAAAGUGACGUAGUUUUGUUCACAGGAAGUGCAAAAGCAGAUUCUUUAUAAGUAGGCCCAUUGUCAACAGGCAUGAGACCAUUCUGCUUCAGCUCAAGUCCACGAUAUUUGGACUCGGGCCUUUUUGUGGGCUCGACCUUUAUCUCAUCCAUAUCUCCCACCACCUUCUGAUUCUUUAGUUAGGCCCGAUACAAGCUCCAUUACUUGGGGGAGUUCCAAAACUGGGCAAGAAAGGUCGUUAAAUUGCAAAUAUUUGCAACGUACAAGGUUUGGAUUUCUUUUUGUUAGAGCAUAUAGAAAAUUGCCGCCGGGUCCUGAGAAACCCGUCGGGUAUGGCCCGCGCAUCAAAACUCGUUUUUGAGCUUCUACUUCCGCAUAACCGUAAUAACGGUCUGGCUCUCGUCAAUACCCUCGAAUCAAACCACCCCCCUCUUUCCCCUUUUUCUGAAACCUAGUAAUAAAUUAUUGUGGAAUCAACAACUGAUGAUGAUCACUAGCAGGAAUUUCGAUAAUCAAAUUUGAUCUCUCGCUCUCCUUUUAUAUAUCUAUAUAUAUAUAUAUAUAUCCAUCCCAUUUUGUGAUUUACUUGAAGCUUGCCCUGGAAUUGUGCCAUUCAAAUCUGUUAUCUAUGUACUUGAAUCCAAACAAUGUUUGAUUGCGGUUACAAGUCGCAGUACAUCGGUGGUCAGAAGGAGAAAUUUGUGAGGUUGGAUGAGUUGGAUUCUGCAUUGUCUAUGCCUUCUAAUACAGUUGGAAUGAAGCGAUCUAAGUUUAAUUUGGAGGGGCUAGCUCUUCCCGGCCGUGCAAAGAAAAAUUCGUCGAAAUCUUUCAAGCACGGCAUGAAAAUGGGAUCAGAUGGACUGAGGACAUUUGGGCGAUCACUCAGGUUUGGCGUUAGCCGGGCAGUGUUCCAUGAAGAUCUUAAAAUAUCUGAGAAAAAGAUAUUUGACCCUCAAGAUAAAUCCCUCCUGUUAUGGAUUAGGCUUUUUGUCCUAUCUUGUAUUCUUUCGGUAUCUCUUGAUCCUCUGUUUUUCUACCUUCCUAUCUUCAAUCAUGCAUCGUAUUGCCUUGGUAUGGACACAAAGUUAGCAGUCACAACUACGACUCUGCGGACAAUUCUUGAUGCUUUUUAUGUUAUUCGUAUGGCUCUUCAAUUUCGCACAGCUUAUAUUGCACCAUCCUCUCGGGUUUUUGGACGAGGUGAACUUGUGAUAGAUCCUGCAAAGAUAGCUAGGCGAUAUCUACGACGAUAUUUUAUUGUUGAUUUACUUUCUGUGCUACCCCUACCACAGAUUGUGGUGUGGAGAUUUCUUCAGAAGUCAAAGGGUUCAGAAGUAUUGGCUACAAAACAGGCAUUGCUACGUAUUGUCUUAUUUCAGUAUAUUCCAAGAUUUGCCCGCUUUGUUCCUUUGAAUGCAGAACUCAAGAAGACUGCAGGUGUUUUUGCUGAAAGUGCUUUGGUUGGUGCUGCAUACUAUUUGCUUUGGUAUAUGCUUUCUAGCCAUAUAGCCGGGGCUUUCUGGUACUUAUUUGCUGUUGAGCGUAAUGACACUUGCUGGCGGAGAGCCUGUAAAGAUAGCGGGAAAUGUGACAUAAAUUACUUGUACUGCGGGAAUAAACAUAUGGGAGGCUACAGUGAGUGGCAAAAGAUCAGAGAGAGAGUUCUUGUUCAUCGGUGCUCUAUUGUUGAUGAUUUUUCAGCGUUUAAUUAUGGAAUUUACACGCAAGCUGUAGCAUCAGGCAUUGUUGCAUCCAAGGCUUUCUUCUCUAAAUUUUGCUACUGUUUGUGGUGGGGCCUGCAAAAUUUGAGCACGCUUGGUCAGGGCCUUCAAACGAGUACCUAUCCUGGAGAAGUUCUCUUUUCUAUAUUUAUAGCAAUUUCUGGGCUCCUACUCUUUGCACUUCUGAUUGGAAACAUGCAGACCUACCUCCAGUCUCUCACAGUUCGUGUUGAGGAGAUGAGGAUCAAAAGGCGUGACUCCGAGCAGUGGAUGCAUCACCGCUUGCUUCCACAGGAUCUUAGGGAGCGAGUUAGGCGAUAUGACCAGUACAAGUGGUUGGAAACACGGGGAGUAGAUGAAGAGAGCUUGGUCCAGAAUUUACCAAAAGAUCUCAGGAGGGAUAUCAAGCGGCAUCUUUGUUUGAAUUUAGUGAGAAGGGUUCCUUUGUUUGCCAAUAUGGACGAGCGGCUGCUUGAUGCCAUUUGUGAGCGACUAAAGCCAAGUUUAUACACAGAGAGCACCUACAUAGUCCGAGAAGGAGACCCCGUGGACGAGAUGCUCUUUAUCAUCCGUGGUCGCCUGGAGAGUGUCACUACGGAUGGUGGUAGGAGUGGAUUUUUCAAUCGAGGUAUACUGAAAGAAGGGGACUUCUGUGGAGAAGAGCUCUUGACUUGGGCACUGGACCCUAAAGCUGGCUCCAACUUACCCACAUCUACUCGGACAGUGAAGGCUUUAACUGAAGUGGAAGCCUUUGCUUUGGAAGCAGAAGAGACGAAGUUUGUCGCCUCUCAGUUUAGGCGCCUUCAUAGCAGGCAAGUUCAGCACACCUUCCGUUUCUACUCACAGCAGUGGAGGACGUGGGCUGCCUGCUUCAUCCAGGCUACCUGGCGCCGUUAUGCCAAGAGAAAAUCUGCUGAACGCCGCCGUCAAGAAGAGGAAGAAGAAGAAGAAGAAGAAGAAGAAGCAUAUUACAGUGAAGACGACGUUGAUGCAAGGGCGUUAGUAUCGCGAAGUGGUGGUAGCUCCAGGCUUGGUGCAACUAUCUUGGCUUCCCGCUUUGCAGCUAAUGCUCUUCGUGGUCAUAGGCUUCGCAACCCAAGUAGGGGGAACCUGGUGAAACUGCAGAAGCCACCGGAACCUGACUUCACUGGUUCUGAUGCAGAUAACUAGAGUGUUUUCUAUAAUAUUAGAUGUUAAAAAACCAAAGGGCUGAAUUCCUAGCUCAUUCUGUACACUGUAUAUUGCGUCCGGUAUCUCGGCUUCAAAAUGUGUUAUUAAUGAUUUUUUUUCC